UAAUUAAAUACAGUUGUCAGGGUUUUCAUUCAUGAAAUAUUUUAUUAAUAAAACAUAGAUGAGUUGUGCUUGGGAGGAAGAGCCAGUUUUUUUAAAAAAGAAAUUACACAUUCAAGAAAUAAAAAUACAAAGUUGUUGUUGUUUUGUAAUCUUACUGCAGAAGCUUUGAAACCCAAAGCAAGUUUCAUGACUUAAAUUCGAGAUUUUUUAUCACUAAUGAUGUCUCCUCAGCAAAAUGCUCCGACGCUGGAAACAUUUGCAAGUCAAAAAGACAACGAUAUAAUGACGCACUCGUUUUCACUCGCAGAUUAUGUUGUUAUUCACAAUUGUGAUCCCAUCUGUGCCGAAUGUGAGUUUAUAAACAUCUCAAAUAAAGAAGCUCUCAAGUUAGGAUUGAAAGAAGAAAAAAUGAGAAACCAGAAAUACCGUGAACGAUUGAACGAUGUAAUGAAAAAGUACGGACAGUCUCUGAGACAAGUAAAAUAUUUGAAAAAUAAACUAGACACUCUUACAAGACAGUUGAUGGAUGAAAGAAGAGCGAAAAAUGAUUUCGAAGUAGUAGAUAGUUCCAUUGAUUCUGAUGAUGACUUGUUUGAGUUUAAAAUCAAACCAAAGCUAGAAAUUAUUUUAGAAUAAAAUUUUAAAUGGAACUAUAGGGUACACUAUUUGAUUAAUGUGAAAUGUGAAACGACCGUUGUUGAGUUAGAUACUCGUAAAACAACGUUAUUUGCAAGCAAAGAUGAAAUCAUUCAUGGUCGACGUAGGUUUCUGUAUAGACUACGCGCACGCUCGGUAGAAUAUCGUGUACGCCAUUAAAUUUUAAUUAUCGAUGGAAUGUUUUGUACCUGUUGCAAAGACUUGUUGGUUUCUGUUCUUCAAGCACCUUGGGUCCAUGCUGUGAAAGUUUAUCGUUUUAAAGUAGCUAAAAUUAUUUAUUUGGAAAACUAUUUUGUGAAUGGCAGCUGAGAAAAAUGAAAAUUUAAGGAUUAUUUUUCGUUUGUAUAUUUUUUGUUGUGUAUAUAUUUUGGUUUUAUUUUGCGUUAAAGUAUAGCAACUAGAAAAUAUUUGUAUCAUUUAUCUCUGAGAAUAUAUACUGUUUAUUUUUGGCUAACAAUA